AUGCCAGGCGACGACGAUGUUCCAGAAUCGCUUGAAGCCAUCAACUUGAAAAUGAAUGCUGUCACCGAUGAUGUAAGUGAUUUCCUUUGGGUAUUCUGAAUUCCAAAUCAAAUUGGUGGUACCAGAAAAAAAAAAGAGAAUAACAAAUUUCUCGUUUAUUUUUUGUUUGUGAUUGAAGUUUUUGUCGACGAUCACGGAGGUUUUGAGCGAAGAAGAAGAAUGCUGGACAAAACAAAAUGGAAUGGAAGUUUGCAUUUUCUAUCGUGACUCUUCUUUUUCGAGUACUCUCAAUUUUUCAAACACACAUACACCAACCAAAUUGAGCAUAGUCGAAUAAAUUGAAAAUUCGCAUGUCAUUCACUAAUUUUUCUUUUUUUUUUAUUCUUUCUUUUUUAGAUCAUAGAAAAGUACGCUUUUUUCGAAACAGAAACAUCCUAUUUUUGGUUUUCUUGAAUUAUUCUUAUUAGAAAAUUUUGAAUCGGUCAUUGUUCCAUUUCAAGACAGUUCGAAAAUUAUUUUCGAAUUCGUGUGUGCAAACACUACGACAAAUUUUGCAUACAGUAGGAGUUGAACUUUCAUUUUUCAAUAUUUCGUGUCUAUCAGCAGACAUUCUUUUUUCUGAAAAACCUGAGUUACACGACCAUUUACUCCAAUAGAAAAUUGCCCCUCGGGUCAGACGAGAGACGACGGGAGUCUGAUGACGUCAUCUGGGACAGAGAAAGAUAUCGCUUCGAAAUAUUUUUGAGAAAAUAUGUGUCCCUUUGAAAAAAUACCGUAUUUUGUUUCAAGGAACACAUGUUUUAUUGAAAAUAUCUCGAAGCGAAAUUCGUUUUCGGCAUAUUUUUGUAAAAUACUCUCGUCGUCUCGCGUCUGACUCAACGGGCGCCUUGUAUGGUCGUGGUUAGACCACUCAAAAGAUAUUCAAAUUCAAAUUACAGCUUCUGUCAAAAAUUGAUAUUGAUCCUAUUAUUUUUUACUGAUAUUCUAAAAUCCUGAAAACAUUUUUCGGAUGAAAUUUUGCAAGGUUGACUCAGUUCAAAAAGUUCUUUGUUCAUAAAAAUUCCAAUCAAUCUCUCUCACAAAAAAUGUUCCAUACCGGAAAUUGAGCAAGUUGACGUGUAGAUAACUCACACUUUUAUGAGCUGAAUUGUCUACUUUCAAAAAUUUGCAGAGAAAAAUCUAGAAUUGAGAAAAAAAACAUGUUUUCCUCCUCAAUACUGCACAAAAAACCAGAGAAAAAACCAAUUUAAACAUCAAUAUUUUAUACAUGUCAUUUCAUUUGAAAAGUGUGGAAGAAAUAAUAAUAUGAAAAAAGAACCGAGGAGUCUUCUCUCAUUUUUCUCGUUUUUUUCUGCUUUUUUUGUUCUUCUUCUAUCCAUAUCCCAUCCAUCCAUCCAUCCAUCUAGUUACUCAACUAAUAGAAUAACUCUAUUUUAAGCCCAUUUUUGUUCAACCACACAUUACCCAUUUUUUUCGACUAGUUUCGUUUGAAAUCUUACAGAAAUACGCAUUUUGUUUUUUCCGACACUCACACUAUUUUUAGUUCUGAAUUACAUUGUACUUUUACUUUUUGUUGCGCAAUUCCAAAGGAAAACAAAACGAAAAAAACGUCAUUUUGAAUUUCGAAAAAUUAAUGUGAGAACUCCGACUUUUUCGAGAGAAAAAUCCCGUCUUUUCUCGUUCGGACAAGGAACCCGAAAAAUCGACAUUUUCUAAUUCAAAAUGCAUGUAUAUUUUAAAGCCAAAUGUAAUGUUGGAGAGCACACACAGAAUUUUCGCUCUCUAUAUCCUUUUCAUUUUUUUUAUGUGUUCAUUAUUUUGUUCUUUUCACCACUUUCAACUUUCAUUCGAAAUUGGAAUUGAACACACCAGAUCCAUAAUUUGUGUACCACUCACUUUAAAAUUCGACAUCUUCUUUCUUUUUUGUCGCUUCUUCACAUAGGUAUCGAAUUUCUUCUUUUACAGAAUUUUUCAGUGUCUUUGUGUUGUUUUUUUCCAACACCAACACAUUUUUUUUGUCAAUUCAUUCAGUCAAGUGUAAAAUUCAGCUGGAAAAAUACAUUGUUGGCCGGCGCAAAAAAAUUUGAUUACCCAUAAAAAAUUCGCAAUUUUUUCGCGGCUUUCAGAUUUGUUGCUGCGCGCCCCAAUAAAUUAGAAUUUUUCUAGAUUUUUUUUCGAACAUCUUUGUUUGUCUGCAAGUUUUUCCCGUGGGACUAAUUUGUGAUUAGAAUUUUGAGAAUCGGGAUACCAAAACAAUUAUUUUUAUUUUCAUUUUCAAAUCAUAAAUAUAUAUUUUACCCGCUUGAAUAUUAUAUUCUAAUAACUUCUUGAUUGAUUUAUUCAAUUAUUUUUAACUGAUUAAAUUUUCUUCAGUUCAUUCUGAUUUACCUUGUUGAUUGAUACAAUCAAAUUCAACUAACUUCCCCCGAUCUUUUUAUUAAUCGGGGAUGUCGUCGUCGACGCGUAACAUCAAUAGCUCCAUCGGCGGCAGCGGCGCUCGACAUCCCCGUCCGUUUCCGCCGCCUCCAACUCAUCAAUCAACAAUUGAUAUCAAUGGAUUAUUAUUACCAGCUGAUAUGAGCGAUGAACUUCAGGGUCUUAAUAUUUCGAUCGAUAAUAAAACUAUCGAGGUUUUAAAGAAAAUGGGGUUUUGGGAUACAUUUUCAAAUAAAUCUCAAAAACAAUUGUUCUAUUAAUUUCAGUCUUUGGAAUCAACUCGUCGUAUGUUGGCAUUAUGUGAAGAGAGUAAAGAAGCUGGUAUUCGAACUCUUGUCAAUUUGGAUGAUCAAGGAGAACAAUUAGAAAGAUGUGAAGGUGCUUUGGAUACAAUCAAUCAAGAUAUGAAAGAAGCUGAAGAUCAUUUGAAAGGAAUGGAAAAAUGUUGUGGAUUGUGUGUGCUUCCAUGGAACAAGUAAGCUUAAGUUACAUUUUUUGAAACACUUUUCAACUAUUAAAUUUCAGAGCUGAUGACUUUGAGAAGAAUUCCGAAUAUGCGAAAGCUUGGAAAAAAGAUGAUGACGGAGGUGUGAUUUCCGAUCAACCAAGAAUCACAAUCGGUGAUCCAACAAUGGGACCACAAGGAGGUUAUAUUACCAAGUAUGUUAAUCCAAAUUCCUAUCAGCUAGACAACUGUGGUGAUUUGACAAUCUGUCUGCUCACUCAAUUUAUUCUAGAAAACAUAAUCAAUUUAUGAAUUCAGAACGCAUAACAAUUUCUAGAACAUCUAAUUUUUCACAUUCUCAUUCUCAUUCAAAAAAAUUUCAGAAUCACAAAUGACGCGCGUGAAGAUGAAAUGGACGAAAACAUUCAACAAGUGUCAACAAUGGUUGGUAAUUUGAGAAACAUGGCUAUCGAUAUGAGCACCGAAGUUUCGAAUCAAAAUCGACAACUCGACCGAAUUCACGACAAAGCACAAUCGAAUGAAGUUCGUGUUGAAUCAGCAAAUCAACGAGCAAAGAAACUUCUCUAA